CGAGCAACGCACCGAGUGUGUAGCAGGGAGGAAAAAAGAAAAAAGAAGCACACGCAUGGGGGAGGAGAUUAAGCAAUGGCGAGUCAAAACAUUCGAAAAGCUUCCUUCAGCUCCAGUUUUCGCGUCUCAGAUAGAAUCCGAAAACGUCCCUGCUGUCUUCAAUGGAUACACGAGGCAAUGGAAAGCUUUCACCAAGUGGAAUCCUGCUAAUGGCGGAGAGGGUAGGAUCAUCUACCAUUGAAGCUAUGCUUUCCAGAACUGCACCUGUCUUUUAUGGCGAUCUUAGAAGCCAUGAGAGGGUUCCAUUUCCGUUCUCCACGUUUAUUGAUUUUUGCAAGCAGCGUAUAGCAAAAGAAGAAGGGCAUCAGCCUGCAGUUUCUGAUGCAGAAGAGCAGGACCAUUUUAUUUCUGGUGAUUAUGCUCAACAGGUCUAUUUGGCCCAGGUGCCAAUUAUGAAUACUGAAGAUCGAGAGAGGGUCCAACUUGCAACUCUUAGAGAAGACAUUCAAACAGCCUGCUUUUUGGAGUCAAAAGAACUAGCUUCUAUUAAUCUGUGGAUGAAUAAUGCUCAUGCUAGAUCAAGUACUCACUAUGAUCCACAUCAUAAUGUUCUAAGCAUAGUUGCUGGACGCAAACAAGUUACCUUAUGGCCUCCUUCUGCAAGCCCAUUUUUAUACCCGAUGCCUAUAUAUGGGGAAGCCUGUAAUCACAGUUCUGUUGCUUUAGAAAACCCUGAUUUUUCAUUGUAUCCAAGAGCACAAUUCUCCUUGGAAUAUUCGCAGAAGGUUGUUCUUCAUGCAGGUGAUGCGCUUUUCAUCCCCGAAGGCUGGUUCCAUCAAGUAGAUAGUGACGAUUUGACCAUUGCUGUUAACUUUUGGUGGCGGUCCAACAUAAUGUCUAGCAUGUUAGAACACAUGGAUGCUUAUUAUUUGCGCAGAAUUUUAAGAAGAUUGAUUGAUAAAGAAAUGGUACGUGUCCCCCUUGUUUAUAGGCAGUGCAAAAUUGUUUGUUGUUUUAGAUUGUGUGCGUUGUAUGUAUACGGAUAUAUUUCUAUGCAUAAUUCAUAUGAAUAUUUUUCUUUUGAGUUUGCAUUCACUUUUCUAAAUGCAAUCUCUAGGAAAUUUUUUUUCCUGGAAAUGGAUCCUUGAUAUAGCCUGAGAAUUACCAAUAGAUAUAACUGUGUGUUACUUCGCACUUAUUAAGUACUCGGUACCUAAAAGUUCUUUUUUUUUUUUUUUUUUUUCCAGUUAGAUUAUAGACCAGAAACAUUUGGCAAUUUUAGGUCUAAGAGCCUUAUUAGGGCUCCACAUACGAAUGAAAAAUGAGCAUACAUUGGUGAUA